CCUCAAGGAAUAGGUUCUCCCAGUGUCUAUCAUGCGGUUAUCGUCAUCUUUUUGGAGUUUUUUGCUUGGGGACUAUUGACGGCACCCACCUUGGUGGUAUUACAUGAAACCUUCCCUAAACACACAUUUCUGAUGAAUGGCUUAAUUCAAGGAGUAAAGGGUUUGUUGUCAUUCCUCAGCGCCCCACUGAUUGGUGCUCUUUCUGAUGUUUGGGGCCGAAAAUCCUUCUUGCUGCUAACGGUGUUUUUCACAUGUGCCCCAAUUCCUUUAAUGAAGAUCAGCCCCUGGUGGUACUUUGCUGUCAUCUCUGUUUCUGGGGUCUUCGCAGUUACUUUCUCGGUGGUAUUUGCGUAUGUAGCAGAUAUAACCCAAGAGCAUGAAAGAAGUAUGGCUUACGGCUUGGUUUCAGCAACAUUUGCUGCCAGUCUGGUCACCAGCCCUGCGAUCGGAGCGUACCUCGGGCGGGCGUAUGGAGACAGCUUAGUGGUGGUCCUCGCUACAGCAAUAGCCUUGCUCGACAUUUGCUUCAUUCUUGUCGCGGUGCCCGAGUCACUGCCCGAGAAGAUGCGGCCGGCGUCGUGGGGCGCGCCCAUUUCCUGGGAACAGGCCGACCCUUUUGCAUCUUUAAAGAAAGUGGGCCAGGACUCGAUCGUGCUGCUCAUCUGCAUCACGGUGUUCCUCUCCUACCUGCCGGAGGCCGGCCAGUACUCCAGCUUCUUCUUAUACCUCAGACAGAUAAUGAAAUUUUCACCGGAAAGUGUUGCGGCGUUCAUAGCGGUCCUCGGCAUCCUUUCCAUUAUCGCGCAGACCAUAGUCUUGAGUUUACUUAUGAGGUCAAUUGGAAAUAAGAACACCAUCCUGCUGGGCCUGGGAUUUCAGAUCCUGCAGCUGGCGUGGUACGGAUUCGGCUCCGAGCCGUGGAUGAUGUGGGCUGCGGGGGCAGUAGCGGCCAUGUCUAGCAUUACCUUUCCCGCUGUUAGUGCACUGGUUUCACGGACUGCUGAUGCUGAUCAACAGGAACUCCAUCAUCCCGGGGCCUCCCUUCCUUUUCGGAGCCUGUUCGGUACUGCUGGCUCUGCUUGUUGCCUUGUUUAUUCCCGAACACACCAACCUAAGCUUACGGUCCAGCAGCUGGAGAAAGCACUGCGGCGGUCACAGCCACCCGCACAGCACGCAGGCGCCGGGGGAGGCCAAAGAACCUCUACUCCAGGACACGAACGUGUGACGACCGCGUCAGGAGGACUUUGCUGUCAGCACCCAGGUCUCAGUUUUCACCGUAGUUCUGGAUGUACAUUCCAUUUCCAUCUGCAGCGUACUUUAGGAUUGCUCAAGAGAUGUAUCUGCAUGAACUCCACGGGGACUAAAGAAGGAACUAAGAGAACUGGACAGUUUUCCAAAGAUGUUACCAUUUCUUUCGUUUAUUAGCACCACUUUCUUGCCACUAAACGGUUUUAUUAUACAUCCUUUAGUUGAAAAGUAUAUAUGUAACUUCGUAGAUAUUAGCGUAUAUUUCUCUGCUACCAUUUCCUGAAGGUGUUGAGCUUUAACUCUGCGCUGACUCAGUGAGACUGAGUAGGUAUUAUGAUUGUGAACCUGUUCCUUUUUAACACUGUAAAAUCCUGAGUCCGAUUUUAAUAUUGUAAAAUCUUGGAUCAAAUAAUUCAAAGCCUUAAUGCAGAUGCACUAAAAUAAAUGGUAAAUGAAUUGUUUGCAUUAAACAGAAAAUUUAAGAAAAUUGUACUAAAUCUGAAUCAUGCUUCAAGCUUGUUUGCAGUAAUUUUAUUUUAAACAUACUCGCUACUGUUUUUGGAGUGAGGAAAUAUCAGCCAUGUAGAAUUUAAAUUAGGGUGGUGAGAGCCUAUUCCAUAAAUGCAGGCUCGGAUUUGUUCCCUAGUUACUUCUUUAUACCACUAUUUUUUUUUGUUUGUUUGCAUAAUCAUCAGAACCUCAACACUUGAAUACGUAAUCUAAAAAUUAUAUAGUACAGCUGGUAGCCUUGAAAAUAUCAAUGUGAUAUCUAUAUGUAGAUAAAUAUAUAUAGUGGCCUUUCAGGACUGUCACAGUAACACUUUAUUUACAGAGCUAAUGUUUGUCCUAAAUUUUCAGGACCCUAGAAGAGAGCUUUAUACAAUUACUGAUGUGAAUUUCUCUAAAGUGUAUAUUUUUGUGUCCAGUUAUAUUAUUUAAAAGUGUUACUUUGUAAAAAAUGUACAUAAAGUUUAUUGUAUAGUUUACACUGUUUUCAUCUUGUGUGUGGUUAUUGCCUAAAGCUUUUUAAACUUGGAACACUCACUGGUUAAAUAAGGUCAUAAAAAUGUAAAUAUUCUGUUAAUAAAAUUAAAUAUUUUAAUGAUUUUUAUAAAAAAA